CACAAUCUCGUAUUUGCCGGAAUAGCGGCUGUCGGUUUUUCGUCUGCGUCGCCGUCGUGUGCUAACCUACAGAGAGAAAAGAGCCAUUUCGCGCUAAAGAGUGCAAACGAGUUAACGACGGGUGAGCAUUUCCAUAGUCCGUGUUCGCGAAGCGUUAGUUGCUAAAACUGCUAAAUUGCAAACGGGAUAUUACGGGAUAAAGACGGCGAAACAGCAACGGUAUUCGUCUUAAAAGCCUUCACCAUCACCAUCUAGCCACCGCAGAACAAAUAGCGCCGGAAAAAUGAGUGACCGCAAAGCCGUCAUCAAGAAUGCCGACAUGGGCGAGGAGAUGCAGCAGGACGCUGUGGACUGCGCAACACAGGCCCUGGAAAAGUACAACAUAGAAAAGGACAUUGCUGCCUACAUAAAGAAAGAAUUCGACAAAAAGUACAACCCCACCUGGCACUGCAUCGUGGGCCGAAACUUUGGAUCGUACGUGACGCACGAAACGCGUCAUUUCAUUUACUUUUAUCUCGGUCAGGUUGCCAUCCUAUUAUUUAAGAGCGGUUAAACCACACAACCUUAGCUUAAUAUCAUCGGAAUGCUGUAAAGGAAUGGGAGCGAGGACGGGAUCGGACGGAACGGCGAAUCGUGUAGAGAAAUGGCAACGAUUGCGUAUUUAGCGGCGGCAUCCACAUAUAUGGACACGGCCUUCAACCUGCAGUCGGACGGCGGGAGAACGUUGGAGGGGCGGAGGAGCCGAGCCGUAGAUGCGAAGGGGGUAGUAGAAACGGAACGAUGGAUAGAUAGCUGGAUUGUGAGGGGCGCGAGGAACCGUUAUUAGGAGCAGUGGGGAGGAAAUUUGACAUUCUUAUAUAUUUACCGUGAACUAUACUAAAUCGAACGAAGCAGAGCUGUACCAAUUAAGUAAAUCAACUUUACCGGAACUCGCGAGCAAAAAUGUGUACUGUCCAUGGGUGUGGUGUGGUCGUAAAACCAAGCUGCUCGGAAUCAAGAAAGGCAAACCAUCUGUCCAAACAUGCCCCUGCCAGCAUAAUAUCUCAUGCCACUAGUUCGUCUGUGUCGUACAGCAGGCAAAUACAAUGCCCCCCCAAAGAGUGUGGCCGACCAUAAAACCGACGUUCAAGUUGUAAACUAAAAUUCCAUUGCGUUCAGUAAAGGUGUGUGUGUAUGUGCGUAUAUCGUUGUGAUUGAGAAUUGUAAUCGAUGUACAGGAUCGCUGCCUUUGUCCAAUACCUUUGAAAAUCUUGCUGAGAUACAACAUUCUAGUAACACAAUCAAUCUCUCGAUCGAACGUUUAGAAGUGGCCAUUUUACGAAGAGAAGAAAUUCCGUGUCCCGCAGAGGCUAUGAAAAAUGACCGGGACGAAGGGAGUUAUGAUGAGGCGGACAGUAGACGGGAACUGGUAAAGAACAGACAUGGCCGUGGACGGAUGAACAGCAGUAGUACGUGAUCUUUCACAAAUCCUUGUUAUUCCUCUCAAAGAUCGAUCAACUCUGAAGCAUAUUCAAGCGAAGGGAGUAGAGGAAGGAUACGCAUUCAUUCUGGCUAGCAACCGAAUCACGGUAACAUUCAUUAUUUGCAGGGACACUCUACAAACACACAAUUUUUAACGUUUGCAGACAGUAACGAUAUCUCACAACCGAUGGAGGAAGUAGGGAGAACACACCCGCAGACAGGCUCGAGA